UUCUCAAAAUCAUAAUGUUGCAGAUCUCGUAUCAUGUUGGCUGUAAAUAUCUCACCCACCAGCGAAGAUUUUACCCUGGAGAGAGGGGCAGAUCAGUCACCACUAUCGAUCCGCAGAAUCUCUCCGGGAAUUACUCCGUGAAGCCUAUUAAAUAGAUUGACAACUACCGAUGUCGUUCUACUGGUCGACUCGCUGUAAAAAUUGUCUCGCGGUAGGGCUCAACAAGACGCUGUGUGACAGCACAUAAUACCCUGCAGUUCGACGCCAGCUGUAUUCGAUUCGAGCCUCAUUACUGGAUUGGCGCUGUUGCAUAUCAUCUUUGUCCCGUAUAUGACACCGGGUUUGUUCUCCUGUCGAUACAGCCGUGAAAGUGCACGGUACUGCCGAAGAAAAGUGGCUUGAAUUGGUUUAUCACGAUAUCACCGUAGCACCCUCCAGAACCAGCAUCAACCCAGUUCUCUGUAGUCAUGGGUAGCACGGAUCAAAGUCUGCGAGCCUGGUGGAAAGAGAGCUCGGUGUAUCAAGUCUACCCUGCUUCUUACCAAGAUUCCACUGGCUCUGGUGUUGGAGACCUGAAGGGCAUCAUCUCUCGAGUUGAUUACCUCAAAGACUUGGGGGUUGAUAUCGUAUGGCUUUCACCAAUCUUCAAGAGCCCUCAGGUUGAUAUGGGGUACGAUAUUAGUGACUAUUACACAAUCGACCCUCCAUAUGGUGAUGUCUCAGAUGUUGAUGUCCUCAAGGACAAGCUCCAUGAGCGAGGCAUGAAGCUCGUUCUCGACCUGGUCAUGAAUCAUACCAGUGAUCAGCAUGAGUGGUUCAGGGAGUCUCGAAAGUCCAAGGACAACCCCUAUCGUGAUUGGUACAUCUGGAAGCCUGCAAAGUAUGAUUCCGAAGGAAACAGGCACCCUCCCAAUAACUGGGACGCUCAUUUCCAAGGAAGUGCCUGGGAGUACGACGAAACCACAGAUGAAUACUAUCUCUGCCUCUUCUGCAAGCAGCAGCCAGAUCUUAACUGGGAGAACCCAGCAGUCAGAAAACAAGUUCACGAUGUCAUGCGCUUCUGGCUCGACAGAGGCACCGAUGGUUUCCGCAUGGAUGUCAUCAACUUUGUCAGUAAGGACCAGGCGUUCCCCGACUCCGAUAAGACUGUACUUCGUGGUCAUGAAUUCUAUGCUUGUGGCCCCCGAUGCCACGAGUUUCUCAAAGAGAUUGGUGCUAUUCUGCAAGAGUACGAUGCUUUCAGCGUGGGUGAGAUGCCCUGUGUGCACGAUGAGCGUGAGUUGAUUAAGGCUGUCCGUGGUGACCGUGGAGAGUUGAGCAUGAUUUUCCACUUUGAGUUGAUGGAUCUUGAUCAUGGUGUUGGCGGCAAGUUCACACCUAGAUCCUGGGACCUUUCUGAGCUCAAAUCUACCACUCUCAAAUGGCAGAAGUUCAUGUACGACAAUGGAGGCUGGAACGCCCUUUACUUGGAGAACCAUGACCAACCACGGGCUGUAAGCCGCUUUGUUCACGAUGGCAACAAGCAUCGGGUGGAUAGUGCGAAGCUUAUCGCCAUCUUCCUGGGUUUCCAGUCAGGCACCCCUUUUAUUUACCAAGGACAGGAGAUUGGGAUGACCAAUGUCCCCUCAGACUGGGGCUUGGAAGAAUAUAAGGACCUUGACUGCCUUCGACAUUGGGAUCUUCACAAAAACGAUGAUGAGGCGGCUCGAAACUCCUACAAGGUGGAGUAUCAGAAGAAGUCUCGUGACAAUGCCCGAACUCCCAUGCAAUGGGACGCAGGCCGCAACGCUGGCUUUACUACUGCUGAUGCUAAGCCUUGGAUGAGAGUCAACGACAACUACAAGGAAAUCAACGCUGCAUCGCAGACUUCAGACCCUAACUCUGUGUAUAGCUGCUAUCGCAAAGUUCUGCAGAGACGAAAGGAGUUCCUAGAUCUAUUUGUAUAUGGAAACUUCCAACUCGUUGACGAAACCAACGAGAAGGUCUUUGCAUACUCACGAAGGGCCGACAACGGAGAGACUGCUCUCGUCGUAUGUAACUUCACGACUGAUACAGUUGCGUGGUCUUUGCCUGGCAAGAUUCGAGCGGUGCUGGUCAGCUCUGCUGGAAGAACACUUGAUGAGUUAAACGGUGGUGAGACCAAACUGGCACCUUGCGAAGCCUUCGCGGUCCUGCUCGAGUAGGAUGAGCUGCAUAUUGAAUAUGGCAAUGUAUUCGAUCCCCAUAGAAGAGGACAAUGACAAUAUGGGCCAAUUGGCAGAGUUGAAUCAAACCGUGAAUUCAUUCACCCUGGGAGUAUCGAAGCUUGUGACAGAGGGGUUUGAUGGCAAGACGAAGACGUGCAUUCUCAUUACCCAGCGGUUGACAUUGGCCGAGUAUUUAUUCAUACAAGAUACAUAAACCACUCCUCGUCCCGCUCUAUUCGUGUAGAUUUGUCUAUCACACCGCCGCUCUAGUCCUGUCGUCCCUUUAGUAAU